GCUUUUUUGGGUAGUUUUGCCGUAUUCUAUACACUUUGCUUUUGAACUGUUACUGUUACAUUCCAUUCAGUUGGUUAACAACAGCAGAGCAUAAGGAAACAAUUACAACAACAACAAGACAACCAUUGGCCUCUAGAUGGAGCAGCCCUCCACUAGCGCGGAAGCAGCAGCUGCCGCCGGCAUUGGGCCAGAUCCACGUCUGGAGCUGAUGGGCUCGUUUGUCAUCAAGUCAUUGAAACUGAAACCAGAGAAGUGGACACGUGUCAUCACCGUAGAGGAGCACAAGGGCAUAAUCAAGGAGUUUUUGGAGCGAAAUACGCCCGUUGUGCUCAUCAUCAUUCUCACGCCAGCAGCACAGUUGGUGCCUUCGACUACAUUUCCAUUGCUGCAGCUGAAAAGCAAAGGUGUCUACUUUAUAAAGCGUUAUGCAGAGCCCAUACCACGUGAGAACUGUGGACACUAUAUCAUCUUUGGUGACCUAGCCACACGCACAAUUGACCAGCUUUCAGCGCUGGUUGAGGAGGUGCUGGUGCCUUUGCUUUCGAAUGAGGACAAUUAUCGCAGUUGGCCAGUUAUGGUGGCGCAGGAUGUGCAGAAGCAUGUGCACAGUCUGAAAAGCACUGUGCAUCAGGUAAAGGGACAGGUGAGCGGCGAAACAAUACUCGCCAUGCCCGUAGGCGUUGAGAAGAUUGUCAAAGCAGCCAAGCAAUUGACCGAAACGCAGCACUGUCAAUUUGAUCUGUAUCUGAAGAGUGCCAUUGAGGGCGUUGUCAUCAAGUGGGCCACGCAGAUACACGAGGUCAUCAAGGAGAGUCCCACCAAUGCGUUUGCAAAUGGACAGAACCCCACGCCACAUACAGAGUUUACCUUUUGGAAUAAUCGGCUUAAGAAUCUAUCCUUUAUCUACGACCAAUUGCGGAAUGAACGCAUAAGAGCCAUGGCGCUUAUACUGGAGUAUUCAAUGAGUGCCUACCAUCCUUGCUUUCAGACGCUCUUCAAAAACGUUGUUACGGCACUUGCCGAGGCAAAGGAUAUAACACUUUAUUUGAACCCACUGAAGCGUCCGCUGCAACAACUCGAGGAAAUCGAUUUUGCCGAAUUCAAGCCCUUGCUCAUACCAUUCAUGCAUACUGUAUGCACGCUCUGGGGCAACUCCCGCUACUACUGUCAGUCGGCCAAAAUAACAGUUCUGUUGCAGGAGAUAUGCAAUUUGAUUAUACAUCAGGCGAAACGUUAUUUGGAUCCCUCAUCAAUAUUUCAUAGCGAUAUUGAUGAAGCUAUGCAGCGUCUUACUUUGUCUAUACAAAUAUUAAAGUUUUUUCGUGAGCUUUUCGAUUACUAUAAGGAACGGUUGGAAGGCUUUUUCACCGAACCAGAGGAGCGUCCGCCGAUUUUGUGGACUUUUCAUCCAAAUUCAGUUUUCAAGCGCUUUAAUGCCUUUCUUGAGCGUCUAACAACAAUACAGUGGUUCUUCUUUACUGUGAUUGAAUUUCUGAAAUUAGAGAAAGUCGAAAUCGGUGGAUUGCGUGGUCGCCAGCUCAGCACACGUAUUACAAAUGUCUAUGUGGAGUUUAAUCAAUAUUUUACGGCAUUUGCAUCAAAAAGCUAUGAUGUGCUGGAUCCAGACGACCAUGAGUUUGAUGAGGACUUUAAAGGUUUUCAAACUCGCAUACUCGAGCUGGAUAUGAAGCUGGCUGCCAUAUUGUGCCAGGCUUUCGAUGAUUGUCACAAUUUGGAAAGCGUUUUUAAGCUUAUAAGCAUAGUGGGCAGCGUGCUGGAUCGCCCGAAAAUAAAGGAGGAGUUUACGCAGCGCUAUGCUGAAAUAGUGCGAAUGCUAGAUGAUGAGAUGACUGUCUGCGAAAAUAUAUAUGUCAAGCAAAUGGAUCUCACACAGUUGGGCGAUAGCCUCUAUCCAGAUUACAACUGUCCGCCCAUUGCGGCAUUUAUACGCUGGUGCAAUCAACUGGAGUCACGCAUAACGUCGCCUGUCAAGCACUUCAAGGCCUUGCAACAUGAUGUAACCAAAUCAGAGAAAGCACUGGAAAUUGUGGAGCGCUAUGAGGUUUUAAUGGCUAAGUUGGGCGUGUGCAAAGCGCAGUUCUUUGAUGAGUGGUCCGCCCAACUGCAGGAACAAAUCGAAGUGGACUUGAAAAAGUCACUUAUAGCACGGGAUCAGCACAGUCAUUCGCUUAUAUUGAACUUCAGCUCUACAUUGUUUUCAAUACUGCGCGAGGUGCACUACCUGGAGCAAAUGAAAAUCGACGGUAUACCCGAAAUAGCAAUUGACUUUGCUGAGAAGAGUGAUGUGUUUCGUUCGUAUACCUUGAAUUUGGAGAAGACUAUUGAUUGGUAUAACAGCAUACAAGAGGGCAGCUCACCAGUGGAACUCAAGCUGAUUGAGCCAGAGAUUAAAAUGAUUGAUGAUCUUGUUAAAAUUGGCGUAGAUGAGCUUGUCUGGAAUUCUACAGAUAUUAUGAGUUACUUGGAUAAGCUGCGCAAGCCUGUGGCUGCGCUGCAGAAUCGUAUGCAUCAUACUCAAGAGAAUUUGCGACAAAUACGUAAAAUUAUGGAGGUCUGGGCCAAGCAGCCGCUGUUUGAACGACGUGACUGCAAAAAGGACUCAGUGCUUUGCAUAGACGAGCGUCCUGACCGCACGGCCAAGCGUUACGCUGAGAUACAAGCAGCAUCGGUGGAGAUACACAAACUGCUGCAGGACAACAUGGUGCAGUUUGAUAUGGUGGAACAGCAAAACGAUGCAGUUUGGCUAAGCUAUGUGGAUUUUGUGGAUAAUAUAGUGUAUGAAAAUAUAUUGCGCACUGUAGGCGUUAGCGUGGGCUAUUUAGCAGAGAACAUGGAUCCGGAUAAUAACUAUGCGCCGCUGUUUGAGUCGCGGCUGGAGCUGGUUGAGCCGAAUUUGGUGUUUGUGCCCUCGCUGGAACCGGAGGAUCCCAUGGGCUUUAAUAAUAUGCUUAUUGAGCUAAUGCGUGAUAUUAUGAAAAUGGGCUCGCUCAUCAAACGACUCAAGCCCAAUGAGAAGCGGCAUUAUGUGGAGCUAAUUAAGGAGAAUCAAGACAUUAUCGAUAUGCGCCGUGAAAUAUUAAACGGCGUAGAUUUGGUAAUGGAGGAGGCGUCACGAUUUUGUCGUCAAUUUGAGCGCUACUCGUACCUGUGGCUUGAUGAUCGUGAAGAGUGCAUGGAGUACUUCUUGGAGUACGGUCGCAUGCUAGAACCAGAUGAGAUUGAGCUGCUCCAAAUGAACGACCCAAACGGUCCGCCACCGCCAGAGCCUUGUCAGCCAACAAUUGAGGCGUUCAGAGAGCAAAUAGACAACUAUGAGUCGCUCUUCAACGAAAUUGAAGACAUACCAGCUUUUCAGGUGUUUAGUUCCUGGUUUCAAGUGGACGUUAGACCUUUUCGACAAGCGCUGCUCAACACCGUCUGCAAAUGGGGCAACAUGUUCAAGGAGCAUCUGGUGACAACUGUAACCUCCAGCCUCAUGGACUUGAGUCAUUUUAUACGCAAGGCAGACGAGGGUCUCUUGCAGACUGUCAAGGAGAAGGACUACGAGGGUCUAGUUAGCAUUAUGGCCUACUUGAUGCAGGUUAAGGAGCGCGCUGCUAACACGGAUGAAAUGUUUGAGCCCAUGCAGGAGACUAUACAGCUGCUCAAAUACUAUGAUAUGGACAUACCCGAGGAGGUCAACGUGCUGCUGCAGGAGCUGCCCGAACAGUGGGCCAAUACCAAGAAAAUUGCCAGCACAGUGAAGCAACAAGUGUCGCCCUUGCAGGCCACCGAAGUUGUUAGCAUACGUAAUAAGAUAACUCUAUUCGAAGCGCAUAUACAAUUAUUCCGUGAGGUAUUCAAGCAGUAUGACUUCUUUCGUUUUGACUGCUAUAAGCCUUAUCUGUUGAUGGAUCGCAUUAACGAUGAUAUGUAUCUGUGUGAGCGUGAAAUGGGCGAAAUACAAAAGUCGGGCAGUCUGUUCGAGGUUAAUAUACCUGAGUUUAAGGUGCUUAAGCAAUGCCGCAAAGAGCUGCGCAUGCUCAAGCAACUUUGGGACUAUGUAAAUAUUGUGCAGACCAGCAUAGAGGAUUGGAAGACCACGCCCUGGCGAAAAGUGGAUGUGGAAAAUAUGGAUAUUGAGUGCAAAAAGUUUGCGAAGGAUAUACGCUUGCUGGAUAAGGAAAUGCGAGUUUGGGAUACGUUUGUUAAUCUCGAGUCCACUGUGAAAAAUAUGCUCACCUCGCUGCGCGCCGUGGGAGAGCUGCAGAAUCCAGCCAUACGAGAGCGACACUGGAAUCAGCUAAUGAACUCAACAAAGAGCCUGGCUGCACUGCCCAAGGAAGUAACCGUGAAAUUUAUUAUGGACCAUGAGACUACGUUAGCCGAGCUUCUGGGCUUGAAUCUGCACGAAUGCGAGGAGGAGGUGAAGAAUAUUGUGGAUAAGGCCGUCAAGGAAAUGUCUAUGGAGAAAAUAUUGCGUGACCUAAACUCGACUUGGUCAGGCAUGGAGUUCGACCAUGAGCUGCAUCCACGCACUGGCUGCAAGCUCCUUAAGGCAUCGGAAGAACUCAUAGAGACGCUUGAAGAGAAUCAGGUGUGCCUACAAAAUUUGAUUACAUCCAAGUACAUCGCCCAUUUCCUUGAAGAAGUGUCAACUUGGCAAAAUAAAUUAAUGAUUGCCGAUCAAGUGAUAACCCUUUGGUUUGAGGUGCAACGCACUUGGACCCAUCUUGAGAGUAUUUUCAUGAGUUCAGAAGACAUAAGAAAACAGCUGCCCGUCGACUCAGUUCGUUUCGAUAAUAUUGAUGCCGAAUUUCGCAUACUCAUGGAUGAGAUGUCUGUCUCAUCGAAUGUGGUAGCAUCAACCAAUCGAGCUGGACUGAUCGAACGUCUGGAGCAUUUGCAAAAGGAGCUAACGCUGUGCGAAAAGGCUCUGGCAGAAUAUUUGGAAACAAAACGUUUGGCUUUUCCUCGCUUCUAUUUCGUCUCAUCGGCGGAUCUUCUUGAUGUGCUCAGCAAUGGCAUUCAGCCGGAGAUGGUUACCAAGCAUCUGACUAAGCUAUUCGAUUCAAUAGCACGCCUCAAAUUCAAUCGCGACGAGGCCAAUGAAAUAGACACGGCGUCCGGCAUGUAUGCCAAGGACGGUGAAUAUGUGGAAUUCAAUGAGCUGGCCAGCAUACGCGGUCCAGUCGAAGUCUGGCUGAAUCGCAUACAGGCGGCAAUGCGGGCCAGUCUGCGUCACUAUGUCACCGAAGCUGUUGUCGCCUAUGAGGAAAAGCAGCGUGAACAAUGGUUGUUCGACUAUCCUGCACAGGUAUCGCUAUGCGGCUCACAGAUCUGGUGGUCCACAGAGGUAAACAUAGCGUUUAGCCGCUUAGAGGAGGGCUACGAUAAUGCUAUCAAGGAUUAUUACAAGAAACAAAUAUCACAACUCAGUUUACUCAUAACACUACUGCUCGGCGAGCUGACCAAGGGGGAUCGUCAGAAAAUAAUGACGAUAUGCACAAUUGAUGUGCACUCGAGAGAUGUAGUCGCUAAGAUGAUUCAGGCCAAAUUGGAUUCAGGUUCGGCUUUUAUGUGGCAAUCGCAGUUGAGGCAUCGAUUUGAUGAUGUUGAAAAAGAUUGCUUUGCCAAUAUUUGCGACGCUGAGUUCCAGUAUUGUCACGAAUACUUAGGCAAUACCCCACGCCUGGUCAUAACGCCGCUCACAGAUCGCUGUUACAUAACACUUACACAGAGCUUACACUUGGUAAUGGGUGGCGGUCCGGCUGGGCCGGCGGGCACGGGCAAAACCGAAACAACUAAAGAUUUAGGCCGUGCGAUUGGCAUCAUGGUCUAUGUAUUCAACUGCUCCGAGCAAAUGGAUUAUCAGUCUUGCGGCAACAUAUACAAGGGACUAGCCCAAACGGGCGCGUGGGGCUGUUUCGAUGAAUUUAAUCGCAUCACAGUCGAGGUGCUGUCUGUGGUGGCGGUGCAGGUGAAGUCCGUGCAGGAUGCUAUACGCGAUAAAAAGGACAAAUUCAAUUUUAUGGGCGAAAUCAUUACCUGUGUGCCCACUGUGGGCGUAUUUAUUACCAUGAAUCCAGGCUAUGCCGGCCGUACAGAGCUGCCGGAGAACUUAAAGGCGCUCUUUCGACCCUGCGCCAUGGUGGUGCCUGAUUUCGAGCUCAUCUGCGAGAUUAUGCUGGUUGCCGAAGGCUUUCAGGAUGCGCGCGUCUUGGCGCGCAAGUUCAUCACGCUCUACACACUGUGCAAGGAGUUGCUGUCCAAGCAGGAUCAUUAUGACUGGGGCUUGCGUGCUAUUAAAUCUGUGCUGGUCGUGGCCGGCUCCCUAAAGCGCGGCGAUCCUGGUCGACCCGAGGAGGAGGUGUUGAUGCGCGCCCUGCGUGACUUUAAUAUACCGAAAAUCAUUACAGAUGAUAUGCCCGUGUUCAUGGGGCUCAUCAGCGAUCUAUUUCCCGCUUUGGAUGUGCCUCGCAAACGUGAUCAGGACUUUGAACGCACCGUAAAACAAGCUGCCUCCGAUUUGCUACUACAACCAGAAGAUAAUUUUAUAUUGAAAGUAGUGCAACUGGAGGAACUGUUGGAGGUACGUCAUUCUGUAUUCAUUGUUGGCAAUGCUGGCACUGGCAAAACACAAGUGUGGAAAACGCUGCUGCGCACCUAUCAGAACAUUAAACGGAAGCCCAUAUUCAAUGACUUGAAUCCAAAAGCGGUGACCAAUGAUGAACUUUUCGGCAUUAUCAACCCGGCGACGCGCGAGUGGAAGGACGGACUGUUCUCAGUGCUGAUGAGAGACCAAGCCAACAUAACAGUUGAUCAGCCCAAGUGGAUUGUGCUCGAUGGCGAUAUCGAUCCCAUGUGGAUUGAAAGUUUAAAUACUGUAAUGGAUGAUAACAAAGUCUUAACUUUGGCCAGUAAUGAGCGCAUUGCGCUGACACCUUCGAUGCGUUUGCUUUUUGAGAUCUCUAACCUGAGAACAGCAACGCCGGCAACCGUCUCCAGAGCCGGCAUACUCUAUAUAAAUCCCCAGGACUUGGGUUGGAAUCCCUAUGUGACUAGUUGGGUUGAAACGCGUAAAAUUCCAGCCGAAAAGUCCAAUUUGGUCAUGUUAUUCGAUAAGUACAUACCACCAUCAUUGGAGACGAUACGCGUGCGCUUUAAAAAGAUCACGCCAGUCGCUGAAAUGGCCCACAUACAAAUGCUGUGCCAUCUACUAAACUGUUUUCUAAUACCAGCGAACACACCAGCCGAUUGCCCAAAGGAAUGGCACGAGCUCUACUUUGUGUUUGCCUGUAUUUGGGCGUUCGGUUCGGCCAUGUUCCAGGAUCAAGCCAUUGAUUAUCGUGUGGAGUUCAGCAAAUGGUGGGUAAAUGAGUUCAAAACUGUUAAGUUCCCAUCGGGCGGAACAGUUUUCGAUUAUUUUUUGGAUAGCGAGACAAAAACAUUUUUACCAUGGACAGAGAAAAUACCCAAGUUUGAAUUGGAUUCGGAUUUGCCGCUGCAAGCUGUGCUCGUGCACACCUCCGAGUCAAUAAGGUUGCGUUACUUUCUGGAUCUACUUAUGGAUAAGAAGCACCCGGUGAUGCUAGUGGGCAAUGCCGGCUGCGGCAAGACCGUCUUGGUCAACGAGAAGCUUCAAUCGCUUUCUGAGAAUUACGCUGUCACCACAAUACCAUUCAAUUUCUAUACCACGUCCGAGAUGUUGCAAAAGAUACUCGAGAAGCCGCUGGAGAAGAAAGCGGGUCGCAACUACGGACCGCCCGGGAACAAGACCUUGAUCUACUUUGUUGACGACAUCAACAUGCCCGAGGUGGAUUGCUAUGGGACCGUGCAGCCGCACACGCUAAUGCGUCAGCAUCUCGACUAUGGCCACUGGUAUGAUAGGAAUAAGCUAACGCUCAAGGAUAUACACAAUUGCCAAUAUGUGGCUUGUAUGAAUCCCACCUCGGGCAGCUUCACCAUUAAUCCGCGUCUGCAGCGACACUUUUGCGUGCUGGCUGUCAGUUUUCCAGGCACAGAUUCCAUCACAGUCAUGUACUCAGCCAUCUUGGCCCAACAUUUUGCCAAUGCUGAGCAAAAAUUCAUGCCGAUCGUGACACGCAUGACGCCGAACAUUGUGGCAGCCACAAUUGCGUUGCACAACAAGUGCUUGCAAGUAUUUCUGCCCACGGCCAUCAAGUCGCAUUACAUCUUUAACCUACGCGACAUCAGCAAUGUUUUUCAAGGUCUACUAUUCAGUUCUACGGACUGCUUGACGAGCUCAACAGAUCUUAUACGUUUGUGGCAACAUGAGACACAGCGCGUGUACUCCGAUAAGCUAACUGAUGACAAAGACAUCGAUAGCUUUACCAAAAUGCAGCAUGACAUUGUCAAGAAGUCGUUCGAAGAAAUUGACGAAUCCGUUAUAUUCGACAAGCCGAAUAUUUACUGUCAUUUCGCUGGAGGAAUUGGUGAUCCUAAGUACAUGCCUAUCAAGGGUUGGCCUGAGCUUCACAAACUCCUUCAGGAAGCAAUGUCAUCGUAUAAUGAUCUAGUCGCUGCCAUGAAUCUGGUGUUAUUCGAAGAUGCGAUGAUGCAUGUCUGCAGAAUCAAUCGCAUAUUAGAAUCGCCGCGUGGCAGCGCAUUAUUGGUUGGUGUUGGUGGCAGUGGCAAACAAUCUCUAGCGCGCUUGGCAGCAUUCAUAUCCAGCUUGGAGGUCGUGCAAAUACAGCUUAAGAAGGGCUACGGUGUCAAUGACUUAAAGAAUGAAUUCUCCGGCUUGUAUUUAAAGGCCGGUUUGAAAAAUGUUAGCAUCAUGUUCCUUAUGACGGAUGCCCAAAUUCCCAGUGAGGAUUUUCUUGUCUUAAUAAACGACUUGUUAGCCACUGGCGAGAUUCCAGAUCUGUUUCCGGACGACGAGAUUGAGAACAUAAUAUCAGGCGUGCGAAAUGAGGUCAAAGGUGCGGGACUGGUUGAUACGCGAGAGAACUGCUGGAAAUUCUUCAUCGAUCGUGUACGCAAGCAACUAAAAAUAGUUCUGUGUUUUUCACCAGUGGGUUCAACAUUGCGUGUUCGGUCGAGAAAAUUCCCCGCCAUCAUCAAUGCAACAUCCAUCAAUUGGUUCCACGAAUGGCCUCAGGAGGCACUCAUAUCGGUUGCCAUGAACUUCUUGGCACAGAACAAAGUGCUGCCAGAGAAUCAUCGCGAUUCUGUGGCCAAGUUUAUGGCCUAUGUGCACACGUCUGUCAAUACGACUUCCAAAGUUUAUUUACAGAACGAGCGUCGUUACAACUAUACCACACCCAAGAGUUAUCUAGAACAAAUCAAUUUGUAUAUCAAAUUGCUCAAUCACAAACACGAGGACUUGCAGAGCAAGAUCGAGCGUCUGGAAAACGGUCUGGAGAAGCUGCGCUCCACAGCAGUGCAGGUGGCCGAUCUCAAAGUCAAACUGGCCGUCCAAGAGGUGGAGCUCAAAGAGAAAAACGAUGCAGCCGACGCGCUUAUCGAAAUCGUAGGCAUCGAAACAGAGAAAGUGCAAAACGAGAAAGCCUUUGCCGAUGAGGAGGAAAUGAAGGUAGCCCUCAUAGCAGACGAAGUGAGCAAGAAACAACGCGACUGCGAAGAAGAUUUGCUUAAAGCUGAGCCAGCGCUAACAGCUGCACAGGAAGCGCUCAAUACGCUCAACAAAGCCAAUCUAACUGAGCUCAAGAGCUUUGGCUCGCCGCCUGGAGCAGUCACCAAUGUCACAGCCGCUGUUAUGGUGCUGCUAGCGCCUGGUGGCAAGCUGCCCAAGGAUCGCUCAUGGAAAGCAGCAAAAAUUUCAAUGGCCAAGGUGGAUGGUUUCCUGGAUGCGCUUAUAAAUUACGACAAGGAAAAUAUACAUCCCGAAAUUAUUAAAGCCAUACAGCCGUAUCUUAAAGAUCCCGAAUUUGAGCCCGAGUUUGUGCGCUCCAAGUCAGGCGCAGCCGCUGGGCUGUGUGCCUGGGUCAUCAACAUCAUUAAGUUCUAUGAGGUGUAUUGUGAUGUAGAGCCAAAGCGUAAAGCGCUGGCCGCAGCCAAUGCGGAGUUGGCAGCUGCUCAGGAUAAGCUUGCAGGCAUCAAACGCAAAGUUGCGAGUCUGGAGGAGCAGCUGGCCAAGCUGACGGCUGAUUUUGAAAAAGCUAUUGCGGAUAAAUUGCGUUGUCAACAGGAGGCAGAUGCUACACAAGCUACUAUUGCACUAGCUAAUCGUCUAGUGGGUGGCUUAGCCAGCGAAAAUGUGCGCUGGGCUGAGGCAGUAAACAACUUUGUCAAACAGGGCAUUACCUUACCCGGCGAUAUAUUGCUUAUUACUGCAUUCAUUUCGUAUGUCGGCUGCUUUACCAAGGGCUUCCGUCGUGACUUGCUGCAAAAAAUGUGGACGCCUUUUCUUAAGAGCAUCGAUCCACCUAUACCAACAACUGAGAAUCUUGAUCCACUUACACUGCUUACCGAUGAUACCACCAUUGCCAUAUGGACAAAUGAGGGUUUGCCCAGCGAUCGCAUGUCCAUUGAGAAUGCUACAAUUCUAUCGAAUUCGGAUCGUUGGCCACUCAUGAUUGAUCCGCAAUUGCAAGGCGUUAAAUGGAUUAAGCAAAAGUAUGGCGAAGAGCUUAAGGUCAUACGAUUGGGCCAACGCAACUACUUGGACAUUAUUGAGAAAUCUAUAAACUUGGGAAUUACAGUGCUCAUUGAGAAUAUUGAUGAGAACUUGGACCCUGUUUUGGACUCUUUGCUUGGACGUAAUCUUAUUAAGAAGGGCAAAGCCAUUAAAAUCGGCGACAAGGAAAUCGAGUACAAUUCCACUUUCCGUUUAAUCUUGCACACUAAAUUAGCUAAUCCUCACUACAAGCCAGAGAUGCAGGCACAAACAACACUUAUCAAUUUCACAGUAACACGCGAUGGCUUAGAAGAUCAAUUGCUCGCCGAAGUAGUAAAGGCUGAAAGGCCCGAUCUGGAGGACUUAAAGGCUGAGCUGACCAAGCAGCAGAAUGAUUUUAAAAUUAUGCUAAAAAAACUGGAGGACGAUUUGCUAUCACGUCUUUCAUCAGCGGGUGAGAAUAUUUUAGGUGACACAGCACUGGUUGAGAAUCUAGAGACCACCAAGAGCACGGCUUCGGAAAUCGAGGAAAAGGUGGCAGAGGCUAAGAUUACGUCUAAGGAAAUAGACAAGGCACGCGAAUAUUAUAGACCCGCAGCGGCUAGAGCUAGCUUGCUGUAUUUUAUACUUAACGAACUGAACACUAUAAAUCCUAUAUAUCAGUUUUCACUUAAGGCGUUUAGUGUAGUGUUCCAAAAGGCCAUAGCCAAGGCUGAACCGGGCGAAACCUUGGAUUUGCGUGUUACAAAUCUGAUCGAUUGCAUAACGUAUUCGGUCUUUCAGUAUACUUCGCGUGGUCUUUUUGAAUGCGACAAGCUCAUCUUCGCCUCGCAAAUGACAUUUCAGAUACUGCUGAUGAACGAGGAGGUCACAUCUGCGGAACUGGACUUCCUACUCCGCUUCCCGAUAAAGCCACAUGUGACAAGUCCUGUGGAUUUUUUGAGUAAUCAAUCGUGGGGCGGAAUUUGCAGUCUAGCGUCCAAGGAUGAGUUUCGUAAUCUGGACCGGGACAUUGAAACCUCAUCAAAGCGCUGGAAGAAACUCGUGGAAUCGGAGCUACCGGAGAAGGAGAAAUUCCCACAGGAAUGGAAAAAUAAAACAGCGCUGCAACGGCUCUGCAUGAUCAGAGCAUUGAGACCUGAUCGCAUGACCUAUGCUCUAGCUGAUUUUAUUGAAGAGAAACUGGGCUCGAAAUAUGUAGAAAGUCGCGCCAUGGAGUUUGCCAAGUCAUACGAGGAAGCCAGUCCAUCUACGCCUAUUUUCUUUAUACUCUCACCUGGCGUUAAUCCCUUGAAAGAUGUUGAGGCUUUGGGCAAGCAACUGAACUUUACCAUGGAUUUGGGCAAUUUUCAUAAUGUGUCCUUGGGCCAGGGGCAGGAAUCAAUUGCUGAGGCUGCAAUGGAUACAGCAGCCAAAAAUGGACACUGGGUAGUGCUGCAAAAUAUACAUUUGGUGCGCAAGUGGCUGCCAAUGCUGGAGAAGAAGCUGGAGCUCUAUGCAGAUGGCUCACAUCCAGAGUACAGAAUGUUUUUGAGCGCGGAGCCUGCCUCAACGCCUUCGGCACAUAUAAUACCACAGGGCAUUUUGGAGUCGUCAAUUAAGAUUACCAAUGAGCCGCCAACAGGCAUGCUGGCCAAUCUACACAAGGCAUUGGACAACUUUACACAGGAAACUCUUGAAAUGUCCGGCAAGGAGGCAGAGUUCAAGGCUAUACUUUUCUCUCUGUGCUACUUUCAUGCUGUAGUUGCUGAGCGUCGCAAAUUUGGACCGCAGGGUUGGAACAAGAUUUAUCCAUUCAAUGUUGGCGACUUGAACAUCAGUGUAUCGGUGCUGUACAACUAUUUGGAGGCAAACGCCAAGGUGCCUUGGGAGGAUUUGCGUUAUCUAUUUGGCGAAAUCAUGUACGGCGGACAUAUAACAGACGAUUGGGACAGACGCCUGUGCAUUACGUAUUUGGAGGAGUAUAUGCAGCCAGAUUUAGUUGAUGGUGAACUGUUUCUGGCGCCUGCGUUUGCUGCACCACCAAACACCGACUAUCUGGGCUACCACACCUAUGUGGACGAAAUGAUGCCAGCCGAGUCUCCUUACCUAUAUGGACUGCAUCCGAAUGCUGAAGUUGGCUUUCUGACCACGCGAGCGGAGAACAUUUUCCGCACUGUGUUUGAAAUGCAGCCACGCGAUGCUGGCUCCGGUGGCGGUGCUACAGUCACCAGAGAGGACAAGGUCAAGCAAAUUGUUGAUGAGAUAAUUGAAAAGCUGCCAGAGGAAUUCAAUAUGGUGGAGAUUAUGAACAAAGUGGAGGAGCGCACACCUUAUGUGAUUGUAGCCUUCCAGGAAUGCGAGCGCAUGAAUUUCUUGACCAGCGAAAUGAAACGCAGCUUGAAGGAGCUGGACCUGGGCUUAAAGGGCGAGCUGACUAUAACCUCAGAUAUGGAGGUGCUGGAGAACUCAUUAUUUUUGGAUCAAGUGCCGCCCAUUUGGACGCAACGUGCCUAUCCCUCGCUACUGGGGCUCAACAAUUGGUUCAUCGAUUUAUGCCUGCGUUUGCGCGAGCUUGAAACUUGGUCCACCGAUUUUGUGCUGCCCUCCUGCGUCUGGCUGGCGGGCUUCUUUAAUCCCCAGUCGUUGUUGACAGCCAUCAUGCAGAGCACGGCGAGACGCAACGAGCUGCCGCUGGACAAGAUGUGCCUGCAAUGUGACGUGACUAAGAAGCAGAAGGAGGAAUUUACUACGGCACCGCGGGACGGCUGCUGUGUGCAUGGCAUCUAUAUGGAGGGCGCCAGAUGGGAUAUACAGCAGGGUAUUAUUAUGGAAUCACGUCUGAAAGAACUUUAUCCAUCAAUGCCAGUGAUCAACAUUCGCGCCAUUACGCAGGACAAGCAAGAUCUGCGCAAUAUGUACGAGUGUCCAGUAUAUAAGACGCGCACACGUGGUCCAACCUAUGUAUGGACUUUCAAUCUGAAGACCAAGGAUAAGCCAGGCAAAUGGACUUUGGCUGGCGUUGCGCUCUUGCUGCAAACUUAGAACAAUUCUUUAUUUAGAAACUUAAUCGUAGCAUUUAAUUCUUGUUAGUUAAUAUUUUAGCGGAAAAUUC